UCUAAUCGAUCCGCGGAAAUUUCUGUUUCAGGGAUCAGCGAGGCGAGCGUGCAGCUGCAGCAACCGAAGCUACCCUCGGCGAUCCGCGUGGGAGGCGAGAUUGAACUUCGAUGUCACGUCGACGGCUCCGGAGACAUGAAGUACGAGUGGUUCAGAAACCGCGAGCCGGUGGUGAGGAGCGAUCGGAUCGAGAUCAAGAAGAAGAAGCUUCAUGUGCAUCGAGCUAUGCCCGAGGACAGCGGAAUGUACAGCUGUUUGGCGAAGAACGAGGCUGGAUCGUCACCCAGAACGGAAAGCUUUCCGUUGGUUGUCUCUGGUAACGAUACCGCAACGAUAAAGAUCGUGCCUAGGAACUUGAUCGCGAAACGCGGUGAACCGGCGGUGCUUCACUGCGCGUUCGAGGACGCCGAUUCUGUCCAGUGGUUCUUCAAGGAUAUCGGGCCGUUGGAGACCGACGACGAGAGGACUAUCCUCGAGAACGGCACUCUGGUGAUACGCUCUGCCGAGCACAGGGACCAAGGAUUCUACUCGUGCCACGGAGAUCGUGGCGACAGCACCAUCACUUACACGAUCGAGCUUCAGAUAGCCUAUUUGAUGAACCUCUCUGCUGCUUCGUUCGAGCCGUUGUUACCGAACCAAGUGGCGGUUGUCGGUGAAGAACAGGAGCUGCAAGUCAGCUGUUUGGAACCUUCCGGUCUGCCACCUCCGAAAGUCUACUGGAAAGAUCCCAAGGGACACAUUAUCAGUGACUCUGGGCCUGUUCGCGUUCAGGAUAACACGCUCAUCGUCGCGAAGGCUCGUAUAGGCGAGGACGAUGGUAAUUACACCUGCGUCGCUGAGAAUAUGGCUGGAGAGACCGAUAUAUUCGCCCAAGUAGUGAUUUCGACACCACCGACGCUGAUAAGCUCGCCGGAGAGUCUCAGCGUGAUGGAGGGAGAUUCCGUGACGCUGACGUGCUCGUACUCCGGUAUGGAGCCGCCGGUGAGCCAUGUUCGCUGGCUGAAAGACGGGGAGCCGCUGAAAGAGAGCGGCGGCCCGACGAGACAUCGAGUAACCGAUCACUACGGCAACGUGACCCUGCACUUGAAGAGCGCCGACCUGUCCGACAAGGGCAGCUACAUGUGCGAGAUACUCACGAAAGGCUUCCCGCCGAUAUUUUCGGAGCGAGCCAGCCUGACGGUCGAGGAGAAGCUCAAGUUCUCCCCGCAGCCGGUGGACAAGCGGCUGGAGCUCGGCUCGACGGCCAAAGUGCCGUGCAAGUCUCAGGGUGCCACUAAUCCGACGGUGAAGUGGAUGAAGGAGGGGGCAGGCGAGGAAUUCCCGAAGCACGUGCAAGAUAUCAAUGGAACUCUCCACUUCAAUGGAGUCCUCGAGGAGGACAAGGGUCGCUACACGUGUAUAGCCAGCAACGCGCAGGGAUCGAUCAACCACACGAUCAGCAUCGACGUAGUCAUCGCGCCGAAAUUCACCAUUCAGCCGCAGAACCCAACAGAGGCGAUCGAGGGUUACCCGGUAAUGCUGCACUGUGCGGCCGAGGGUGAUCCUAAACCGACCAUUCAAUGGGACAGGGACUCACGGAUGAACAAUCUGAAUAAUUCUCGCUUCGAGGUGCUUGGCAACGGCAGUUUGUACAUAAAGGAAGUGUACAUGAGCGACGAAGGGAAAUACGGAUGCACAGCGGGUAACAGCGGAGGCUUGAAGAGGGAGGAGGUUCAGUUGAACGUGAGAGCCGGUGACACGUACAGAUUCGACGUGGACUUGGAAGUGGGCGACGACGGGUCGAUGAUGACCAAGACGAUCACGAUCACUCUGAGCGCGGCGGCGGCGUACAUGGUGCUGGUGGUGGGUCUGAUGUUGUACUGUCGUUACCGGCGUCGUCGUAGAAAGCAGCAGUAUCUUCAAGAACAGGCGGAAGAGAAACUGGAGAACGGCGAGGUGCAGGAGGAACAGACCGAGCUGAAGGAGACCGGCAACAGCAAGAUGAACUCGUCGGCCGGCAAGAAGAAGGAGAAUCGCGACUCGCACAACAAGAGCGACGGCGCCGACACCGCGCAGAGCCAGAGCAGCAACCAGUCGAAGAAGUCCAAGUCGAAUUACGACAAAAUAGCGGUGUCGCGUAGCAACCUGAAAGAGCUAAAACCGCUGGGUCGCGGCGAGUUCGGCGAGGUUUACUCGACCAAGUAUCAGGUGGACGAUGGCGAGAAAGAGACGUUGGUCAUGGUGAAGAGUCUGAUCAACACGAAGGACGAGACGGCUCUGCAGGAGUUCAAGCGCCACCUGGAUCUUCUGCACAAGCUGAGCCACGAGAACGUGGUGAAGCUGAUCGGGCUGUGCCGCGAGGAAGAACCGGACUACAUGAUCCUCGAGUACACCGACUGGGGCGACCUGAAGCAAUUCCUGAUCGCCUCGCGGAAGGACAACAACUCGAGCCCGACGCACGAGUCGAAGCCGCCGCGUGCGCCGCAGCUGUCGGUCGCGCAGAUCCUCUCGCUGUCGAAUCAGGCGGCGAAAGGCUUGAAGCAUCUCGCCGACAGUCGCCUCGUUCACAAGGACAUCGCCGCCCGGAACUGUCUGAUCGCCAGCAACCUCACCAUCAAGAUCUCGCUGCCGUGCAUGACCAAAGAGCCGUAUCAACAGGAGUACGCGAAACAUCGGAACCAGGUAAUCCCUCUCAGAUGGCUGCCGUACGAGGCGGUCUACGAGGACGAGUACUCGACCAAGAGCGACGUCUACUCGUUCUCGUGUCUCGUCUGGGAGAUGUUCCAUCAGGGUGAGCUGCCGUUCAACAAGAUGAACGACGAUUCCGUGCUGUCCGCGCUGAAGGCUCAGACGCUCGCGUGGAAGCCGCACAAGGCCGCGCCGCCUGCCCUGCAGGAGCUCCAAGCUCAAUGCUGGGCCAACGACCCGCGUGAGAGACCGACCUUCGACGAGGUGGUCUCGAAAAUAGGUGAAAUUGUGGUCGACAGUUGUCUGUAGAUUGAUCGCAGCGCCACGAGGCUCUAAAAUCGGAGAUACCGUGGCAGGUGUAACGAUCGCGCGCGAGUAACAACUCGCUGCCUGUCAAUUAUUGCGGAUCGGUGAUCCAACACGAUCAACACGGGGCGCGAACUCCGCCCGAUGAUUACCCGUGUCAUGGUAUUCUGUCGCGUCCAUUAGGUCGAUAAGGAUAUAAUUUAUUUCUGACAGAAGGAUCCGCUCCAAGGAUUCACGUACGAAUCCAAUACACGCUAUCAUAUUAUACGACUAAACGCAAUAUUUAGUAUUCAAUAUCAUGUGUAACGAUAUAGGUAUUAUCGAUCACCGCACAUCGAAUAUUCGUAAGAUACGCUAGAUAUCGUCGUCGCGGCGGAUGUCGCCGGGGCUCUUCAAAUGCGAGCGCAUCGUUAAGAAAGUAUCACGACCAUAUCAACCAUCAUUGUACGAACGACGAUUUUUAUAUCGCGCCUAAUUCACCGUCUACGGCUUAAGGAUUAUUUAUAGCUGACACUUGCGUCUCACGCGGACACACACACACACACACACACACACACACACACACACACACACACACACACACACACACACACACAGAAUACAUGCGCGUACGCAGAGUGAGCGCAGACGACAAAGGUUACACACGUGUGUGACUCGAAUCGCGCACGAAUCGCUUCGUGUACGCGCGAAAUGAUAAGAAAAAAGAGAGAUAGAGAGAGAGGGAGAAAGAGAUAGAAAGUCAGGAGCGAUUGCUCGAUGUCGACUCGAGGAAGAUAAAGCAAACGGCCUUGUAUAUACCGUGGGUGUAAGCGUAAGUUCGUUCGUUAAGUACAAUCGCGAGAUUCGAGUUUUCAUUUCUCAUGGAUGCACACUUCCGAGGGAUCGUUCUCAUUGUUUCGUUUCUUUCGUUCGCGUAAAGGCUUCUUAAUCAUGUUUAAAUUUGUAGUUUCAUUUCUGCGGGGGAAAAGUAGGUUGAUCCAUUGAGAACCAGGCGAUAAUUCGUCAUAAAUACUUUAAUUUCUCGAGAUUUUCAGAGAAUGAUAGACUCAAAGAAACGGGAAGACGCAAUUUGACGAUGAAGUUUUAAUAUUAAUUCGUUUCAGUCUCUAAUAUCGAGAAACAAAUAUUUUUACUACACCGACUAUAUUAUUUCUCGCUAAUAUUAAACAAAAGAUGUAUCAUAUUCAUUCCUUCAAUUGGAAUUCUAAAACGCAACGCUGAAAAGUGGAAUCCGACACAGUGCAAAGCGAUCGAAAGGAAUUGCGAAUAAAACACACCGCGUUUGAUCACAUUCACGAAAUCCGUACAACGAAGCCGGUUCGUCUCACCUUUUUCGCCAAUUUUUGUUCGCCGCGAUAAUUUCAAUUUCGUUCUCGUUCCUUCGAAGCUCGUACUCGUCGCGUUCGCCGAGGAACGAACGACUCGAAGGGUACAAAGAACGGCGAACAAGUGUUUAGCCGUGCUGGAUAACAGAGGGAUCACGGUUGCAAUUUCAGGAUGAAUGUUCGACACGAUCGCGAUUAGGUACGCCACCACGACCGCAAAAGAACCGCGUAUAUGCGUUGACAGAGCUGUUGACUCGUCGCAGUCGAAACAUCGUCGGACCUGGAGGUGCCACAGUAGUAACAGUCUCUCCGGUUGCUCGUUAUCGAGUUCUUUUCUUCCGAGAUACUAUAUCUCGUAUCAACGAUGCUGGCUGAAACGUGAGAGAGAGAGAGAGAGAGAGAGAGAGAGAGAGAAUAGGGAGAGGGAAGGCGGCUCGAUCAGUAUUCAAAGUAAUUCCUCGGCUCUGCAUACGUAUACGCAACGUAAAAUAUAUAAUGUAUCAUAUACGCAUCUAGAUGUACGAGACAGUAAGAUAAACACACUGCCAAUGAGUAAUCUCUGUAACGUUAAACGUUCUCAUAAUCAUAGCGGAUACGACCAUUCCCUAAUUUUAAUGCACCCCUCGUCGCAACGAAGGUAUCGUGCGGGAAGGGCAAACCUACUCCGCGUGCCUACGCAAACUACCAACUUGCGAGCACGUUUCGAGAUCCCAAUCGCGAGAUUUUUCAACUCUGUUGCGAUUGCUACUCGAGGUUUCCAGAAUUAAAUAAAAAGCAAAUUAAUGGCGGAGCGAUUGGGAUAACAGUCAUCCACUGUUGAACGAUGUUUCUUUUAUUUUAUAUAUCAUUGAUGAUUGCAUCACACUGGUGAAAAGGGAACCUCGUAAAAGGGAAGGAAAGAAACGACAUUUGUCGACAUUUGUCGAUGUUUCGAACGCAGGAUUAAAGAACGUGGAACCUCGUUUAAAAAUUGUCUAACAUUAUUCGAUCACUUGCGAAUUAUUAUGCAAACGUCAAUCCUCAAACAGUUGUACUAUAGAGUUGUCUAUUGUAAAUUUUACAAUUAGACAUAUUACAUUACUGGGAGAAUUAAAUACAUCCGCAAAGAAAGUUUAGUGGUUUUGAAUGCUAAAAGGAUUUAAUUGAAAAUAAGUCUGCAACUGUUAUCUCACAACACUUCAAAAUCCGUUGCAGACAUGCGAAAAUUCGUGGUCUAUAGAUUGUUUCGCAAAAAAAGAGAAGGAUCUCUUUGAUUUCGAUGGUCCAGACACAGAUCGAGAGAUUGGUAUCGCGAACGUGCUCGCAAGGGUCCGGCCUGAAUUCUCAAAUGCUUCCUAAGUGUUCGCAGUAUACGCCAAGAAAUAUUCUUGUAACAUAAUAAAGUACGUUAGGAACAUACCUUGCAGCAACCUGGCUGGCGGUUCGUAAUCGUUGCAAGGCCAAUUAGUCGAGUUUGUCUCACGGAUCUAACUAUGCUCAUAUCAAUUCGCUGACCGAAUUUUUCCCCGGGGCUGCGAUCACGUCGAGCCCGUCGGCUUGUCUCUCGCCGAAUCCAGAAGAACGAAGAUUCGCAAUUUCACGAUCAAUUUCGCUCUGCCAAUUCUUUCCAACAACGAUCGUCCGAGCUCACCGAGAAUAAAUUGCGUUUGCUUGGCGCGCGCAAUUUUGGAGCAAUUUCUUGCGGCAAGACGAGGACAGGUCGGCGACGUCAGCCGAAUACGAAAGAGGAAAACGCUGCGCCGGUGAUUUUUUAAACGGAGCGACCUAUUUACGUCUAAUGUCUAGUCAUACAUGGUGAGAGAGAGAGAGAGAGAGAGAGAGAGAAAAAAAGAGAGAAAGAGAGAGAGAGAGAAGCGUUAGCGAACAGCGAAACUCAAGAUCCGAUUUUUACACAACGUUUCAUAUCCCUAGGCGUUUUGUAAUCGAUUUCUUUUUUACAAUAUUUUGUAAAUAUUUGUACUUUUUUAUCUACAUCGUACUUUAUGAAUCUUUGAAAUAGUAUAUGCUACGAAUUAAAUAAAGGUGGACAAAAAAAAA